AUGGCAGCGUCUCUAUGGAAGAGCUAUGAGUUUAACGAGGAUCGUCCCGUGAAGCCUCGCCGUUUCGGCGUCACCGAAAUUCCAAUCCCCAGUUUCACUCCCUUCUCUCACGACCUUCUUCAGGAUAUUUUCGAAUCUAGGGGGGAUUAUGUUGAUGGGUUGAAGUUUUCUGGAGGUUCUUACAGCUUGAUGCCAAAGGCUACUAUCAAGCAAGUGAUUGACCUAGCCCAUCAGCAUGGCGUUUAUGUUAGUACGGGUGAUUGGGCCGAGCACAUGAUUCCCAAAACUCCAUCGGGUUUCAAAGAAUACGUGGAGGAAUGCAAGCAUUUGGGGUUUGACACAAUCGAGCUCAAUGCUGGCUCACUUGGGAUUCCUGAAGAAACCUUUCUGAUAUUUGUCCGCUUGGUCAAAAGUUCUGGUCUGAAAGCUAGGCCUCAUUUUCAAGUGAAGUUUAAUGAGUCAGAUAUUCCCAAAGGUGGUGAUAGGGCCUUUGGAGCUUAUAUUCCCCCAGAACCUAGAUCAUCUGAAUUUGUAGAAGAUGUGGAUCUCUUGAUCAGAAGGGCCGAGAGAUGUCUAAAGGAAGAUGCAGACAUGAUAAUGAUUGAUGCUGAUGGUGUCAGCAAACAUGCUCAUAACAUGCGUGGGGAUAUUGUUGCCAAGAUCAUAGGGCGACUUGGUCUUGAGAAGACUAUGUUUGAAGCAUCAAAUCAGAGAAUCUCUGAGUGGUUCAUCAAACAAUAUAGUCCAAAGGUGAACCUGUUCAUUGAUCAUUCGCAUGUGCUGGAUGUGGAAUGCAUCAGGGGACGUAACUCGGGUAGCAAUCAUGCUUUUGUCUUUGGCCCUUCAUCUUUUUCUGUUCUAAAGUGA